AUGGGUUCAAAUAAUGCAUCAAGAAUUGAACUAUUAAAUAAAGAGAAUUUUGAUACUUGGAAAAUGCAAGUUGAAGCAGUGUUGGUGAAAAAUAAUUUGUGGGGUUAUGUGUGUGGUGAAGAAAAAGAACCCGAAAUAGAUCCAACAUCAGAAACAACAAGAACAAGCUCAGAAAAAUUAAUUAAAACAUGGAAAGAAAAUGAUAGAAAAGCAAAAUCAGAAUUAAUAUUGUGUAUUCAACCGUCUGAAUUAAGACAAAUCAAGAAGUGUACAACAUCAAACGAUGUCUGGAAAACAUUGCAUGAGAUAUAUCAAUCAAGUGGACCGGCAAGAAAGGCCACGUUAUUGAAAAAAUUAAUCUUGAAUAAAAUGGAUGAAAAUCAAAAUGUAAGAGAGCAUAUAAGUGAGUUUAUGAGUUCAGUGGAUAAAUUGUUGGACAUGGACAUAGUCAUCAACGAGGAUAUGUUGUCAGUUAUGCUAUUGUAUAGUCUUCCGGCAAGUUUCGAGAACUUUCGAUGUGCCAUAGAAAGUCGUGACUCAUUGCCAAAUCCAGAGGCUUUAAAAAUAAAAAUUCUUGAAGAAAGUGAUGCAAGACAAGUUAAAGAUUGUGAAAAUAUAAAUAAUAAUAAAACAAAUGCUUUUGUGUCAACAUUUGGUCACAAAAUUGCCGACUGUAAUUUUAAUGUGAAUCAUAAUAAUGAAACGACACAAAUGGCGGAUGAAACUGGAUGGUAUUCACAAGUCGCUACAUGUGAAUCGUCAAUGCAUACAUACAAAAAUGAACAUAAACAAUACAAAUGGUGUCUUGACAGCGGGUCAACGUCACAUAUGAGCUCUUAUGAAAAUAAGUUUAUAAAUAAAAAGGGAUGUAUUGGCACAAGUGUAAAUAUGGCUAAUGAUACAACUGCAGCUAUUGAUUCACAAGGAACAAUAAAAAUUAAGAUUAAAAAUGAUAAUGAAAACAGAAUAGUGAGAUUGGAUAAUACACUAUUGGUACCUAACCUUAGAACACAGUUAUUAUCAGUUGGAAAAAUUACAGAUAAUGGUUUUACAAUAUUGUUUGAUAAAGAUAAAGCAAAAAUAUUGGAUAAAGAUAAUAAGUCAUUCCCAAAGAAGUCACAAAGAAAAACAAAGUUACUUGAAAUUAUACAUACAGACUUGGCUGGACCUUACAGGGUACCUUCCAAAGGUGGUAUGAGGGGAACAGAAUAUUUAAAUAAUGAAUUUGAUAAGUUUUUAUCCGAUGCUGGAAUAAUUAGAAGAUUGACUGUGGCACAUACACCACAGCAAAAUGGUAUUGCAGAAAGAAAGAACAGAACAUUAUAUGAUAUGGCAAGGUGUCCAUCAAAAAGCAUCAAUGGAGAAAUACCUUAUAAAUUGUGGAAUGGUAAAGCACCAUGUAUUAAACAUUUAAAAAUAUUUGGAUCAAAAGGUCAUUGUUUGAAUAAAGAUCCAAACAAGGAUAAAAUGGCUGAAAGAACAAAAGAAUGUAUUUUUCUUGGAUACGAUGAUGACAAAAUGACAACAGGAACAAGUGAAACUAAAGCAUAUCGUGUUUGGUUAACAAAUGAAAACAAAUUAAAAAUAAAAAAUGAGUUUAUAAACAAUGAAGAUAAUGAACAUGAAGAAAACAUGAUACAAAAUUAUGAUAAUAAUACCAGUAUAAAUGAUGGUUUUAAAGGAUUCAGUCCUGCUUCAAUAAGUAAAAGUAAUCAAAAUGUAAAUAAGCAUCAAGAAAAGAUGAACAAAAUAAUAAAUUUAGAUCUUGAACAAGAUAAUGUAACACCAAGAGGCAAAGGACGUCCAAUGAUAAUUAGAACUGGUGGACGUGGUAGACCACGUAAAGUAUAUCAAAAUGUUCAACAUCAAAAGACGUUAAACUAUGAAGAAGAGUCAGCAUGUAUUGGUGAAGUACGAGUUGAAGAUGCACUAAAUGGUGAUGAUACAAAUGAGUGGAAGAUUGCCAUAAAAGAAGAAUUUGAGGCAAUGCUCAACAAUAAAGCCUGGAAUAUUGUAACUAGACCAAAUGACAGAGAGGUAGUAGAAUAA